AUGUCAGACCACAGCACAGGACAGACUGCUAGCAGGAUGUCUGGCUCUACCCAGGAAGAGGAGGAGGUGCCUGCCAAUCACACAGGUCCAAAAGGUGUAAUUAAUGACUGGAGAAGGUUUAAGUUGGACAGCGUGGAUCAGACUGUCCCCCAAAGCAAAAGAGAGCUGCUCAGACAAAUGUCCAGUCCACGAGAGGACGACAAGCAGAGACUACACAGAAAGAUGAGUGUUCAGGAGUACGAAAUGAUCCAAGAAGAGGACGAGCGUUGCCUGAAACGCUACAGGAAACAGUGCAUGCAGGAAAUGCACGAGCGCAUGAGCUUCGGCCCCACGUUCGAAGAAGUGUACGAGCUUGAGACUGGUGACGCCUUCCUGGAAGUCAUAGAGAGGGAACACCGGCUGACCCUGGUGGUAGUCCACAUCUACCAGCACGGGGUCAAAGGCUGUGAACAGCUGAACUCAUGUCUGGACUGUCUGGCUUCAGAGUACUCCAGCGUUAAAUUUUGUCGUAUUGAUGCUGUGGCGACAGGCGCUGCUGAGCGUUUCUCCCCUGAGGUUCUUCCUGCUCUACUGGUGUACAAAGCUGGUGAGUUACUGGGUAAUUUCCUGGCUGUUACCAAACACUUCAAUGAAGACUUCUUCGCAACGGACGUGGAGGGGUUUCUCAACGAAUAUGGCCUGCUACCCAAGAAGGAGUUCACAGCAUGUGCUGAUGACGAGGACGAGGGAGGGGACGUGGAAUAG